AUGCAUGUUGCAAAUGCAAUCCGGAGGGUGUUCCAUGCUGAAACACCAACGCUUGCAAUUGAUUGGGUCCAAUUGGAAGCCAAUUCCACAGUUCUCAGUGAUGAGUUCAUUGCACAUCGCCUGGGAAUGAUUCCUCUCACAUCAGAUGAAGUGAUUGAUAAAAUUCAAUACUCCAGGGAUUGUAAUUGUGCAGACUUCUGUCAAGACUGCAGUGUGGAGUUCACUCUGGAUGUGAAGUGCACUGAUGACCAAACAAGGCAUGUUACUACUGCAGAUCUGAAAUCCAGUGACUCACGUGUUGUACCUGUAACUUCCAAACGGAGAGAAGAUGAAACAACUGAAUAUGGUGAAACCGAAGAUAUCCUGAUAGUGAAAUUACGAAAAGGACAAGAGCUGAAGCUUCGGGCAUAUGCAAAGAAAGGGUUUGGGAAAGAACAUGCCAAGUGGAACCCAACGGCAGGGAUUGCUUUUGAGUACGACCCUGACAAUUCCUUUCGUCACACUCUCUUUCCAAAGCCAGAGGAAUGGCCCAAGUCUGAGUAUUCUAAGAUGGAGGAAGAUCAAUAUGAAGCUCCCUUUGACUCUGAAGGUAAGCCAAGCAAGUUCUAUUUCAACUUGGAGAGCAGUGGAGCUCUAAAACCUGAGAACAUUGUGCUUCAUGGCAAUAUGCAAGCCAGCAGAGGUGUGGGUCGUCUUCUGGCCAAGAGGUCUGCCCUCUUCCUCUGUGACAUGCAAGAGAAAUUUCGCAAUAACAUACAGUACUUUGGGCAGAUUGUUGAAAUAUCUAAUAGACUCCUUGUUGCUGCCAAGACUAUGGAUAUGCCUGUGAUCUGUACUGAGCAGUAUCCCAAAGGUCUUGGAAAAACAGUUUCUGAACUACAAGUUGAGAAAUAUGGUGUAAAACCUUUUGAGAAGACACAAUUCUCAAUGUGCAUUCCACCUGUUAUUGAGGAGCUGCAGAACCAAGAAACCCCUAUCAAUUCUGUCAUUCUCUGUGGGAUAGAGGCCCAUGUGUGCAUCCAGCACACAGCUUUGAGUCUCUUGGACAGGGGAUUUGAUAUUCAUGUUGUAGUAGAUGCAUGCUCAUCGCGUUCCAUGACUGAUAGAAUGUAUGCCUUCCAGAGGAUGAUGCAAUCAGGAAUUUACUUGACAACAAGCGAGAGCGUGAUCCUUGGUCUUGUGGCUGACUCCAAGCACCCAAAAUUCCGUGAAAUGCAAAAGAUCAUCUGGAAUUCAGCUCCUUGUACUGGACUACUUCAGAAAUCAUUAGAGGACACUCAAAUGGAGGGAUGAAGUAUUUGCUGAAAGGACUAUAUUGCAUAUCAUGACUUGGAUCCAUGCUGUGCAUGUUGAAAGAAAGAAUUCAAGUUUUCAUUAUUGCUUGCUAUAUUUUUGCGUUUCAAGGUGAAGAGGC